UUAAAAUAAUACUUUUUAAGGCUAUAAUACCACUUUUAAAUAUGAAUUUGGAAUCGUGACAUACUAAAUAUAUAAAGCACCAUAAUAUAAAAUAACAUUGUCAUCAUAUCUAUGUUCUAUGCAUUUAGUUGUUACUUGAACCAAUGAACAAUUGAAAACCAAUGUAACUAACAAGGCUGAGGCGUAGCCUUGUGAUUGGCUGUUCUCUUUAUGGGUGGGACUUGUAUUCUGAUUUAUGUUAGUGCUUCCGUUUUAUCUUCUGCAGUUUGAGACUUCGCUCUUUAUUGCUACAGUAAUAAUGACUUGCUGUGGAGGGCUGUCCGAGGUGAAAGAGGCCACUGCUGAGGUGCAGAAAAUCUGUGAUGAGAUGAAGCCUUACUCGGAGCAAAAAACAGGAAGAACAUUUGAUGUCUUCACUGCUAAAUCCUACAAGACACAGUUGGUCGCUGGGACAAACUAUUUCAUCAAGGUCCAUGUGGGUGGUGAUGAAUAUGUUCACCUGCGUGUCUAUAAGACGCUGCCUCAUGCUGGAGAAAAACUGGAAUUUACUGAAAUACAGACACAAAAAAACAAAGAUGACCCAAUUGAAUACUUCCCUCCUGAACAUGCGCUCCAUUAAGAAAGAGUCACAAAUGUAGCUAAGAAGAGUUUGAACGCAUUAAUUUGCUCAGAAUUCUGUGGAAAUAAAAUUGAAUUAAAGUGAAUGAACCCUGUGAUAA